ACAAUAACGCCAUUAACCUAAAUUUAACUAAUGUUGAUGACUUACAAUCAAUAAUAAAAUAAACAAGAUAUAAAAAAGUAGUGCAUAAUUAAAUAAGUAAAAUAUUGUUUUUGUAAUGAAGUAAAAAUAUUGUCUUUAGUGAUCAUUCUUUGUGAAAGGGGAUGUGUUUUUUUAACAAACGAUUUCGGUGAGACCAAUGUAUUUUCACUAUAAUGUCAAAACAAGGAAAAAGAAAAAUUACUGUGGAGUUACCGAAAACGAAAGACCUAUCGAAUAGACCUAGUGUGUUUGAACGUCUCGGUACAAAAAAAUCAUCUAGUGCAAAAAAAGUUACAGAAUAUUGUAGACAGUGGUCUCAACACGGCAGUUGUGCUUACGGAAAAAAUUGUAAGUUUGCUACAACGCAUACUUUAAUAAGUCCUUCAAAACAACGUGCGGCAAAUAAAGAUACAGAGCAGAAACGUCUUGUGAAAGAUGAUGGUAAAAACCGAUUGCAUUCUACAGUAGUUGUUAGAUCAGGUCGUAGCCCUGAUGGUGAGAUAGACAAUUGGGACCAAAAUGACUUAGAAUAUGCUGAUACAGAUGUUCUUGAGAAAAGAAGACAGCAAUUACAGCGUGAAUUAGAGUUACAAAUGAAAAAAGACUCAACUAAAGAUAUGCGUAAAGAGAAAAAGAAAACAGUCUCUAGCUCAUCUUCAUCAAGGAGCUCUACAUCAUCCAGUGUAUCAUCGUCUUCCUCAGAUGGCAGCAGUUCAUCCUCUUCGUCUGGCAGGGAUACUAAAAGGAGAUUCAAAAAAGGCAAAUUAAAAAGAAAUUCCAGUUCUUCCUCUGAUUGUGAUAUUCCUACUAAAAAGAAGUUAUUAAAAAAUGACAAUCUUAAGAGGGAUAAAAGUGAAUCCAAAAAAGUAAUAAAAAAAGAUGAUAGGUUGUUAAAAAAACAUGAAGCCACUAAAAAGAAAAACCUUUCCAAGGCUAUUGGUAAAAAAUCUUUAUCACCAGGCAAGAAAUCAGGUGGCACUCCUCCAAUAACUUCCAAAAGUGUGGCUACGAAAAAUCCUCCAAAGCAUGUUAAAUCACCACAAAGGAAAGACAGGAAUAGAAGUGCUUCACCACAUUCCUCGCGAGAAAAAGAUAAAGAAAAGGAUCGCCCUAAAGACAAAGAGAGAGAUAAAGAAAAGGAAAAAGAUCGUGAAAAAGAAAGAGAUCGAGUGAGAGCACGUACCCGAUCGCCUAAAAAAGGGAGAUCUAGAUCUCCUCGUAGACAUGGAUCACAUCCCAAAGAUCCAAGAAGGAAAGAGAGUUCUGAAAGGAGUCGACCUGUUUCACCUAAAAAACAAAUAAGAAGAGAGGGUAGUCCAGAAAGACAUAGAAAACGAUCUUUAAGCAGAGACCGAGACAGGGGCCGCGAUCACAAAGAGAGAUCAUUAGAGAGAAAGAAAGAUAAACAUGAUGAGAAAGAAAGACAUGACAGAAAAGAUAGAGGACGAGACAGAAAUAAAGACACAAAAAGGGAGGAUCCGAAAAGACGUGGACGCGAACGCGGCUUAGGUGGUAGUAGAGGUGACAAAGGGUUAGAAAAACCUAAUAAACCAAUGCAAAGAUUACUUCCUCGGCCAGAAGAACGGCUUGCUGCACUUGCAGCUAUUUCAAAUAGAGCUUUAGAAACUGAUAAAAAUUCUAGUAAUUCAAAAGAUCGACAGGAUGUACAUUCUGAAAGAGGCGGUCGCAAGCAAGACAGACUUGAAAGAGACCGAUCAAACAAGCGAGAUAGAAUGGACAGUAUAGAUAGGGAUCCAGGAGAUUAUGAAAUUGGCAUGGAUCACCAAUAUGAUCAUGGACAUAAUAUUGAACAUUAUGACAGAAUUGACGAUCGCUACGAAGGUGUCGCUAGAGAAGGCGAUAGAUCACCUGGAUAUAAUAUACAAGGUAGAGAAAGGCAUUACGACACAGGUUAUGAUAUGUCUGGUCCACCUAGAGGGUACCCUGAAGAAGAUGAUAGGAUGUUUGGGGAAUCAAUGGGAGAUCCUCGGGGUGUGGAAUUAGGAUAUGAUGACCGACGUCCUCAUCGUGAUCAUUCCUGGGAAGGGAGAUCAGGUUCCAUGGAUAGAGAGCGUAACUACAUGCAUUCACACAAAGAAUGGGAUAAUGAAGAUUACCGUGGACGAGGAGAUUGGGGUCGUGAACGUCACUGGCCCCUACACAAGCCUCAGAUGAACGAAUGGGAUGACAAAGAACAAGACGUCGAAGGUUGGCAUCACCGUGGACAUCCAACUGGCCCUCACCGCGGUCGUAUGCAUGAUGAUUAUAAUCGGGGAGGGAGAAUCGACCACGGAAGAAACGAAGGUAAUAAGAGACGUUUGCCUAGAAACGAAACCGAAACUUCAAAAGAAAUUACACCUUCCACACAAACAGCUCCAAUAGUACCAUCAGAGGAACAGGAGGCAGAAGAUAAACCUAUCCCUGAUGAUCUAAGUGAGAUCAGUGAUGACCCUGAUGACAUUCUUGAACGAGAAGAUAUGGUUGACCAAAACAUGGAUGAAAGCAGUCAAACUGGACAACCUCUUGAAGAAACAAAACCAGAGUGUUCAGAAAAAGAAUCAACUCAGGACACCAGUGGUGCUGGAGAAGAAAAGGAGUCACAGGAGGGUAAAGAUGAUGAAGAUGUCACUAAUUUAGACUUUGAAGAAAUAUCUGAUGGUGAAUUAGAAGAAGAACGAACAAGAGCUGGCUUAGGUGAUGCUCUUGGAGUAGAUUGGGCGAGUCUCGUGGCAGAUGUUCAUCGGCGAGAACAAACUGCUCCUGCUGGAGGUGCAAGGGAUAGGUGGAGACCAGAAUGUGUGCUGUCUCGAAUUGGGCUUUCUAUUGACAUGGCUGGGAAAGAAACAGUUCAAAACAUAAUACAGCAAAAUGCAAGUGCUCUUCAAUCAGAACAAAGUAAAGUUAAAACAGAAGAUAUUGAUGAUAAAUCUAAUUUAGUAAAUGGCCAACAUGAAGAUAAAAACGACGAAAAGUCUACCUUACCACAUACAGAUGUUGACAAAUUACAUCCAGUAGCUACUAUUCAGGUGGCAAUGGAAAAGCGUAAACGUCAACGGGCUGUUUUGUUUGGAUCAGGGUGUGAAAUAACACGAGGAUUAAGUGCGAGGCGCGACUUGGCGUUGCGUCGGUAUCUAUGCCAUUUGCCAGUUGCAGAGCGCACUGGUCAGUCACGUGUAGCACCACAGCCUUCACUUUUUCAUGCAGCUCGUGCUUUAUUUAUGCAAGCACCUGUAACAGGCUGACACAGGCUUUAUCUCAAACAUUAUACCUUAAAGUGAUUCAAGUGGAUUUACAAAUCUAAUUGUAAACAAAUUGAACUUUGGACCUUGUUUUCAGUUUAUAAUAAUUAAAUGUAAGUUUACUAGUUAAAACAUUGUGGAAAUGUUAUAUGUGUAAGAAACUAGUAUCUAUAAAAUAGAGGUAUUUUAUUUUACAUUUGUUGUGAAUAGAAAAUCCUUAUAAGUUAUAUAAAAUUAUAAUAAAGUGACUCUGAAACAUU